GGGUCGGGCUCUCUGAGCGAAAGCUUUAUUCAUCUCACAGAGCUGAACAGAAAUUAGUUGGACAUGUCUCCAUCCGGUUCAACAAAGGGUGAAAGUAGUGGUCUAAACCAGCACUAUGAAGAGAAGGUCCGUCCAUGCAUUGACCUAGUGGACUCUCUCAGGGCAUUAGGUGUUGAAAAGGACCUGAACCUACCUGCUAUUGCUGUCAUCGGUGACCAGAGCUCAGGAAAGAGUUCAGUCCUGGAAGCCUUGUCUGGAGUGGCGCUGCCUAGGGGAACAGGUAUUGUGACACGCUGUCCUCUUGUACUUAAACUGAAGAAAAUCACAAAGGACAAAAGCUGGCAUGGAUUGCUGACAUAUGAUGAUAAAAUAAGGGAACUCAAGGACCCUACAAAAAUUGAGAAAGCUGUCUUAAAUGCUCAGACUGCAUUGGCUGGAACAGGUGAAGGGAUCAGCCAAGAAAUGAUCACUCUGGAGAUCCAGUCAUGUGAUGUGCCUGACCUCACUCUUAUUGACCUGCCAGGUAUUGCUAGAGUCGCCACUGGCAACCAGCCACAAGACAUUGAGAAACAAAUAAAAAGUCUCAUUGAAAAGUUCAUCAAAAGACAAGAGACCAUCAGCUUGGUUGUGGUGCCUGCAAACAUUGACAUCGCCACCACAGAGGCUCUGAAGAUGGCAUCCACAGUCGAUUCAACUGGACAAAGGACUUUGGGUAUUCUGACUAAACCAGAUUUAGUGGACAAAGGCAUGGAGGACACGGUGGUCAGAACAGUCAAUAAUGAAGUGAUACCACUGAAGAAGGGCUACAUGAUAGUCAAGUGUCGAGGCCAGCAAGACAUCAAUGACAAGCUUGGUCUGGUUGAAGCUCUGGAAAAAGAAAGAAGAUUUUUUGAUGAACAUCCUCAUUUCAGGUCUCUUCUUGAAGACAGAAAAGCUACAAUACCCCUUCUUGCAGAAAGACUCACAAAAGAAUUGGUUGAACACAUUGCUAAAAAUCUGCCACAGCUGCAGAAUCAGCUUGAGAUGAAAUUAGUGAAGACAGCUGCUGAUCUUAGAGGACUGGGAGAUGGUGUUCCUCUUGAUGAAAACGAGAAGAGCAAUUUUCUGAUUAUGAAAAUUCGCCAGUUUAAUGAUGUUCUUGAAAGAGUUCAGAUGGCAGAAGAGGAUGUUGAAAAACCAGACACAAGGGUCUUUUCAAAAAUCAGAGGUGAAUUUGUCAAAUGGAAACGCAUCCUGAAUUCCAAAGCCAUCAAGACGGAGGAAACCCUCAGAGAUGAAGUACAAGAGUAUGUAAAGACACGCAGAGGAAAGGAGCUUCCUGGGUUUGUGAACUACAGAACCUUCGAGAACAUUGUCAAGAAACACAUCGAGGAGCUUCAUGAACCUGCUUUAAAGCUGCUCAAAGAUGUUACAGACAUUGUCCACUCCAGUGUAGACCAUAUCGUUAAUGCUCAUUUUAACGCCUUCUCUCCACUGAUGAGGGCUGCGAAAGAUCCAACUGAAGAUUUCCUCCAUGAGCAGUUUCAGAGGGCUGAGGAAAAAAUACAUUCUCAGUUUAAGAUGGAGAGGAUUGUCUACUCUCAAGACGAUCUUUACAGUGACCAGCUAACCACUGCAAAAAAUAAUUUAAGAGGAUAUGGUCUGCAGUCACCCAAUGUCAGUGCAGAUGUACGGGAGAUGGCAUACCAUCUCACCUCCUAUUUAACGAUUGCCUGUGAGCGUCUGGCUAACCAGAUUCCUCUGAUAGUCCAGUAUCACAUGCUGAACCAGUACAUCUCUCAGCUUCAGAAUGCAAUGCUUGGCCUUAUUGGAAAGAACAGUCCAGGGAAGCUGCUCUGUGAAGAUUCUGGUGUUGCCCGUAAAAGAAAAGAUCUGAAAGAGCGUCUGGAGCGCCUCAAGAGUGCAGGAAGAGUCUUGUCUAAGUUUGUGCAUUCUGCAUAAUUGAGGAUAGAGCUGUCGCCUCACAGCAGGAAGGUCACUGGUUUGAGUCCCGGCUGGGUGUGUGACAUUGGAAAAGGCUACAAAUUGCUUUAAAAUCCCAAAUGUUAAAAAUUGUAUCCCUGUUUUUCCUAUUGCAUGUUACUGGUCUUAUUGUGAAUGGUUUAUUCACUUUGUUACUAUAUUGUCGUUUUGAAAAAUGUAUUUUGCCUAAUAAUUCUUAAUCAAAUUGUCAGAAUUUAAACUGUUAAUAAACCAAAUAAUUUGUCGCAUUAGAUCCUGAUGAUUGGCUAUAAAUGGAAAUUAAAUACACUCAGGAUAUGUAUAUUAUAUGUACUGUAUAUUAUAUAUAACUGAUUUCUUUCAUCUUUAUCUUGAUAACAGUAAAUAAUAUUUGACUAGAUACUUUUAUAAUAUUUGACUUGAUAUAUUUUUCUAGACACUUCCAUACAGCUUAAAGGGACAUUUAAAGGCUUAACUAGGUUAAUUAGGUUAACUAGGCAGGUUAGGGUAAUUAGGCAAGUUAUUGUUUAAUGAUGGUUUGUUCUGUAGAUAAACGAGAAAAAAUAUAGCUUAAAGGGGCUAAUAAUUUUAGACCUUAAAAUGGCUUUUAAAAAUUAAAAACUGCUUUUAUUCUAGCUUAAAUAAAACAAAUAAGACUUUCUCCAGAAGAAAAAAAUAUUAUCAGACAUACUGUCAAAAUUUCCUUGCCCUGUUAAACAUCAAUUGGGAAUAUAUAUAUGUAUAUAUAUAUAUACUGCACAUUUAUGUAUUGCAGUGUACCCUUUUAGUCCAACACAUAAAUACAAAUACAAGCAAAACAUAAUUAAUUCCCAUGGCUCUUGACAAUAUAUAGAGGUCUUUUGAAAUGAAAUGACAGGUGUGUGCAAGCAUCUGAACAUUGAUCAGAGCUUUGUUUAUGAGCAAGUUCACAAGAGUCUGGAGGACACACACACACACAUUUCAAGAAAAAUCCAACAGAAACAAAAGCUUUGCUGUUUUUGUGGGUAUUUCCCACACAAAAGGGCAGGGCACAAAUGGGCAGAGUAAACUGAAACGUACAGUGAAUAAUGCAUAACGUGCAAUGACAUGAUGAAAUCUGCAGCAUUUUUCUAUGAACAAUUGAUUCAAGUCAAUAAAGAAAGUCCCAUAAAACCUUAAAGUGAAAGGAAAACCAUUCAUUUAUUCAGUUUGAGCAAGCUUCAACAUAUUCACUCUGAUUUAAAUCAUCACUCAGAUCUUUCCAAUGCCAAAUGUUCUACUCUAAUAAUCAAACUCUUUUUAGACGUAAAGAUAUACAGGGUACAUAAUUAAAAUGCGAAAGUCAAUAUUCUGACCGUAUUUUUCCUAAACACAUUUUACCCAUUUGAAAAUUUACCCAUUUUUUCUUAAAAAUAUUGCCAAACUAUGACAAAUGUUAUAAAAGUCUGGAGCAGAAAAGCAAAUUUCUGCUUUAAUGACUUUGUGACUAGAUAUUAGUUGUCAGGGUUCUUUGUGUGUCAAGUGAUGUUUCACCAUGUUGUGUUCCAUGUGCUUAUGUUUUCGUCUUGUGAUCCCUUUGGUCAGUUUUCCCGCCUGUUUUUAGUCUGAUGAGUCUCACCUGUGUUUUACCCAUGUGUGUAAUUAGUUUAAUGAAGUCUGGUGUUAAACGUCAUUCUUGUUGUCUUCACCCCAAGAUUCCUGUGUGUCGAUG